AUGGUCAAACCCACCGUCUUCUUCCACAUCGCCCUGCGCCACAGGCCCCUGAGCUUCGUUUCCUUCCAGCUGUUUGCAGACAAAGUUCCCAAGACAGCAGAAGACUUUUGUGCUCUGAUCACUGGGGAGAAAGGAUUUGGUUCUAAAGGUCCCUCGUUUCACAGAAUUAUUCGGGGAUUUCUGUGCCACGGUGGUGAUGUCACACUCCAUCGUGGCACUGGUGGCAAGGCCAACUAUGAGGAGAAAUCUGAGGAUGAAAAUUUCAUCCUGAAGCACUCAGGGCCUGGCAUCUUGUCCAUGACACCUGCUGGAUCCGACACAAAUUGUUCCCAGCGUUUCAUCUGCACUGCCAACACUGAGUGGUUACCCAGCAAGCAUGUGGUCUUUGGCAAGGUAAAGGACGACAUGAAUAUUAUGGAAGCCAUGGAGCACUUUGGGUCCAGGAAUGGCAAGACCAGCAAAAAAAAUCACCAUUGCUAA